CGCAGGCGCAGUGGCGCCGCCUCACCUAGGCCGUCUUUAGUUUGGCAGAUAGCUCCCGGAGUAACUAAGGAUGGCCACGAUUGCAGGGCAAGGAAAUAUGGCAGCAAGGAGAAUUGCACAAGAGACUUUUGAUGCUGUAUUACAAGAAAAAGCUAAACGAUAUCAUGUGGACCCCACUGCUGAGACUGUAGGAGAAACUCUUCAGUUUAAAGCUCAAGAUCUCUUAAGGACAGUCCCAAGAUCCAGAGCGGAUAUGUAUGAUGAUGUUCACAGUGACAGCAGAUACUCCCUCAGUGGAUCUGUAGCUCACUCUCGAGAUGCUGGGAGAGAAGGCCUGAGAAGUGAUGUGUUUGCAGGACCCUCCUUCAGAUCAAGCAACCCUUCCAUUGGUGAUGACAACUACUUUCGCAAAGAAUGUGGUCGGGAUUUGGAAUUUGCCCAUGCUGACACCCGGGACCAGGUCUUUGGCCACCGGAAAUUGGGGCAUUUCCAUUCUCAAGACUGGAAAUUUGCACUCCGUGGCUCUUGGGAGCAAGACUUUGGCCGCCCAGUUUCCCAAGAAUCCUCCUGGUCACAAGAGUAUAGUUUUGGUCCUUCUGCUGUGUUGGGGGACUUGGCCUCCUCCAGGCUGAUCGAGAAAGAGUGUUUGGAAAAAGAGAGUCAAGAUUAUGAUGUGGACCAUCCAGGGGAGGCGGACUCUGUUUCCAGAAGCACUGGUCAAGUUCAGGCCAGAGGCCGAGCUCUAAACAUCAUUGAUCAGGAAGGCACCCUUCUAGGAAAGGGGGACACUCAGGGCCUGCUUACAGCAAAGGGUGGUGUUGGGAAACUUGUCACACUGAGAGGUGUGACCACAAAAAAAGUACCCGUUAUAAAUCGUAUUACUUCCAAAACUCAGGGCACUAACCAAAUCCAGAAAGCCACCCCAAGUCCUGAUGUGACCCUGGGGACAAACCUAAGGACAGAAGACAUCCAGUUCCCCACUCAGAAGAUCCCUUUGGGGCUUGAUCUAAAGAACAUUCGGUUCCCUAGAAGAAAGAUGAGCUUUGACGUUAUAGAUAAGUCUGAUGUGUUUUCAAGAUUUGGGAUAGAAAUAAUUAAAUGGGCAGGAUUCCAUACUAUAAAAGAUGAUGUUAAAUUUUCUCAACUUUUCCAGACUCUCUUUGAACUUGAAACUGAAACCUGUGCUAAAAUGCUUGCCUCAUUCAAAUGCUCCUUAAAACCAGAGCACAGAGAUUUUUGCUUUUUUACUAUCAAAUUUUUAAAGCACUCUGCUUUGAAAACACCCAGAGUUGAUAAUGAGUUUUUAAACAUGCUUUUAGACAAAGGUGCUGUGAAGACCAAAAAUUGCUUUUUUGAAAUCAUAAAGCCCUUUGACAAAUACAUAAUGAGGCUUCAAGACCGACUUCUGAAGAGUGUCACACCCUUGCUCAUGGCCUGCAAUGCCUAUGAGCUCAGUGUCAAGAUGAAGACCCUAACUAACCCUCUGGACUUGGCUAUUGCCCUAGAGACCACCAAUUCUCUCUGCCGGAAAUCUUUAGCCCUUUUGGGACAGACAUUCUCAUUGGCUUCUUCUUUCCGGCAAGAGAAAAUCUUAGAAGCUGUUGGCCUCCAAGAUAUAGCCCCCUCUCCUGCUUCCUUUCCAAACUUCGAGGACUCCACUUUGUUUGGGAGAGAGUAUAUAGACCAUCUGAAAGCAUGGCUGAUCACCAGUGGGUGUCCCUUACAGGUCAAGAAGACUGAAGCAGAGCCAGCACGAGAGGAGGAGAAAAUGAUUGCUCCUAUGAAACCAGAAAUUCAGGCCAGGGCUCCAAGUGGUCUGAAUGAUGCAGUUCCCCAGCGAGCAGAUCACAAGGUGGUGGACACCAUUGACCAGCUUGUCACACGCAUUGUGGAAGGCACCCUCUCUCCCAAAGAGAGAUCUGUUCUCAAGGAAGACCCUGCUUACUGGUUUUUGUCUGAUGAAAAUAGUCUGGAAUAUAAGUAUUAUAAGCUGAAGUUAGCAGAGACCCAGCGGAUGAGCCAGACCUUGCAAGGAACCGACCGGAAGCCAACAUCUGCCGAGUGUGCAGUGCGGGCCAUGCUGUAUGCCCAGGCAGUACGGAACCUCAAAAAAAGACUGCUUCCCUGGCAGCGUCGGCGGAUCCUUCGUGCUCAGGGACUCCGGGGCUGGAAGGCAAGGAGAGCAACCACUGGGACCCAGACCCUCCUGUCGUCAGGCACCAGGCUAAAACAUCAUGGUCGGCAGGCUGCAGGCUCCUCACAGGCAAAGUCAUCCCUGCCAGAUGGAAACAAUGCUGCCAAGGACUGCCCACCAGACCCAGCCAGACACUCUCCUCAGGACCCCAGCCCAGAAGCCUCAGGCCCAUCCCCUAGACCAGCAGAAAUGGAUGUCUCUGAAACCCCUCACACCUCCUCUCCCAGCCCAUCUGCUGACGUUGACAUGAAGACCAUGGAGACUGCAGAGAAACUGGCCAGAUUUGUUGCUCAGGUGGGACCAGAGAUUGAGCAAUUCAGCAUAGAAAACAGCACCGAUAAUCCUGACCUGUGGUUCCUACAUGACCAAAAUAGUUCUGCUUUCAAAUUCUACCGGAAGAAAGUGUUUGAACUGUGCCCAUCUAUUUGUUUUACAUCAUCACCCCUCAGCCUUCAGGCCAGCAUGGGUGGUGAGAGUGCAGACUCUCAGGAGAGCCCCUUAGACCAUGCGGAAAGGGAAGGAGAGUUAGAGGAUGAGCACCCUCAGCAGGAGGCUGAGCUGGAGAGCCCAGAGGUGAUGCCCGAGGAGGAAGAAGAAGAGGAGGAUGAGGAAGAAGAGGAUGAGGAGGAUGAAGGGGGAGAGGAGGCCCUUGCUCACAGAGCCUCCAGGCCAGGAGUAAGAGCUGACAAGUCUGAGGGCUCUGAGGGAAGCCCCCCUGCUGAUGGCCUCCCUGGCGAAGGUGCGGAGGAUGACCCAGCCGGAACUCCUGGCUUGUCACAGGCCACCUCCAGCACCUGCUUUCCGCGGAAGAGGAUCAGCAGCAAAUCACUGAAAGUUGGCAUGAUUCCAGCUCCCAAGAGGGUGUGUCUCAUACAGGAGCCACAAGUCCAUGAACCAGUUCGAAUUGCCUAUGAUAGGCCUCGAGGUCGUCCCAUGUCCAAAAAGAAGAAACCCAAAGACUUGGACUUCGCCCAGCAGAAGCUGACUGACAAGAAUCUGGGCUUUCAGAUGCUGCAAAAGAUGGGCUGGAAGGAGGGCCAUGGUCUGGGCUCCUGCGGGAAGGGCAUCCGGGAGCCCGUCAGCAUGGGAACUGCCUCAGAAGGGGAGGGCUUGGGUGCCGAAGGGCAGGAGCAUAAAGAAGACACAUUUGACGUGUUCCGUCAGAGAAUGAUGCAGAUGUACAGACACAAACGGGCCAACAAAUAGAUCAGAACCACUGAUGAGAAAGAUAAACCUUGAAGCCGCAAUUACUCUUAAACCAUCAUCCUGCCCUGGAUCUGCCUGGAGCCCAAGUAUGGUGUGGUGUGUACUUGAAAACCAACAUCUGCAGUCUCUGGGGUGGAGGUUUCCAACGCCAGCCUGCCUUUCUCUUAAAGAAAAACAGAAUGACCAUUCUCAAUAUACUUUUUGCCUUUCCUCUCUCUUCCAAAUGCUUUCCACAUCAAGUCCUCUCCAAGUCUGUCUUGGUUCCUCUCCAAAAGAUGGCACUGCCCAAAAGUACUUUGGCCUAUUAAGUGCAGUGGACCCAGCUCCAUGGUUAAGUUUCUGGCACAGGGGUCAUGGCUGUCCUGGAGCGCCAAAGGCCAUGCAGACACAAGUGCAGAUUGUGCUUUCCUGCCCCCCAGAAUUUUAUCUAGGGAUACAGAUUGGUAAUCUCCAGGUCUACACUCUGAUACUAAAGCUGAAUGGAGAUCUCUGAACAGUUCAGAUACUUGCUUUAUUGAACAUAUUAAUGGCAUUUUAUCUCUUUAAAAAUCCUGAGACUUCACCAGUUUUUAGCAACAGUCUAAUAUAGCUGUAUUCAGUGGGGAGUAACAUUAAACAGAUAUGAAAUUUCUCCCAAAUGUAUGUGUGACUAGAAUCCACAAAGGAAACAGGAUAUACUUGGUAUUUUUGGAUUUGAUUUUUCCUCCCAUGCUGAGAAUGGAAACCAGGGAUUUGCACAUGCUAGGCAAGUGUACUACCAUCAAGCUACAUCUCCCAACCUUAUAAUUUUUUUUAUAUUGAGACAGGGUCUCACUGAGUUGCCCAGGCUGGCCUUGAAUUUGUGAUCUUCC